AAGUAAUUGGAGCAAAGACCACAGUAGCAGAAGCUACGAUUUCCUGUCACCUGGUAUCUAAUCAGAAAUCCCAGCCUCACACCUUACCUAUCUCACUCACCCGCUCAGUGUGGUUGAGAAACUUGCAGCAUUGAACGGAGCUCAACAGCCAACACAGCAACAAAAUCAGCCUUUGAGAUUGGAGACUCAGGACUGAGAGCGAAAUGACAACACCCAGAAAUUCAAUGAGUGCAAAGUGCCCAUCGGGAUCCAUGAAGGGCCCAAUUGGUCUGCAGCCUGUUCCAAAAGUAACCUUCAGGAAGACGUCUCCAGUGGUGGGCCCCACACAAAGCUGCUUCUUGCGGGAAUCUAAGGCUUUGGGGGCUGUCCAGAUCAUGAACGGACUCUUCCACAUUGCCCUGGGGGGCCUCCUGCUGAUCCCCAUCGGGGAUCUUCAUGCACCCAUCUGUGUGGCUGUGUGGUAUCCUCUCUGGGGAGGCAUUAUGUAUAUUGCUUCUGGAUCACUCCUGGUGGCAGCAGAGAAAAGCCCCUGGAAGAGUUUGGUCAAAGGAAAAGUGAUAAUGAACUCACUGAGCCUCUUCACUGCAAUUUCUGGAAUAAUUCUUUUGAUAAUGGACAUACUUAAUAUUAAAAUGUCCCAUUUUUUAAAAAUGGACAGUCUGAAUCUUAUUAAAGCCUCCACACCACUUAUUAAUAUAUACAACUGUGAACCAAUGAUGCCCUCUGAGAAAAACUCCCCAUCCACACAAUACUGUUACAGUGUACAAUCUGUCUUCUUGGGCAUUUUCUCUGUGAUGCUGAUCUUCGCCUUCUUCCAGAAACUUGUGACCGCUGGGAUCGUUGAAAAUGAGUGGAAAAGAAUGUGCUCCAGACCCAAAGCUAAUGUGGUUCUCCUGUCAGCUGAAGAAAAAAAGGAACAAACAAUUCAGAUGAAAGAAGAGGUAGAGCUCACUGAAGUAUCUAUCCAACCGAAGAAUGAAGAAGACAUUGAAACUAUUCCUGUGCAAGAAGAGGAGGAGGAACCAGAAGUAACCUUAGCAGAACCUCUCCAGGAUGAGGAAUUAGCUCCAGUAGAAAAUGAUGAUUCACCUUGAACCAUUUCUUCUGCUUUCUGUUAUUUUUCUUAGGUGUCAGUGCUCGAGCUUCCGUGAGAUACAGUUGUCCACACUUCUUGAAGUACCCUGCACAUACGCUUCACAUUUCUAGCUGGUUCUUGCAAGGAGUGACUAAUUUUCCUUCUCGCACACUCAGAGAACAUAGCCAUUAUGGGAUACUGUGUUGUCAUGCUGCGUGUCUGGGGCAAUGUUCUUGUAUUCAGAAAAGGAAUUACUGCGGAAUGUGAUCUCUCACUAGCCUUUGCAUCGCAUACAUUUUUCAGCAGCAGUAGUGACAAGAUUAUGUUUUUCAUCACUUCUAUCAGCAACAGACUCCAAGCCCGAUGGAAAAGAUAAAUAAUUGCUUUAUGCUGCUCUUAAACUAUCUUCAGUUCCUUCCACAUUUGUAGUUUUGUGGAGUCCUUUAUGCAUCACUGUUUUAAGAAAAAUAAGAGGUGUAAUAAUGAGAAGCAGUAUGGAACCUACUCCACAUAUAUUACUGUGGGGCAGACCCUAGCGCAUUCUUAGAGACUCCAUAAUCUGUUAGAAAGCCUUAAGUAGCCUACCCAACCCUUUCUGUAUACCAACAGCAUAAUUAGGCAUGUUUCAUCUGCUUUAACCUUUCCAAAUUCUUGCUCUACGCUCAUGGCCACAUUGUCUUGAGGCAGAAGAAUGGCUUUUUAAAAGGCUAUAAUGACACCCAAAUCUCAAGUAAUAAUUGACACAUUUACAGAAUAUUUCCAAGUGACAAAGUAUUUUAUGAAAUAGUUUUAUCUGCUCUUCUCAAAGCAAGAAA